AUGAAUAAAUGCAUCUAAUGGAUAAAGCAUUUGCUGAGUAAAUGCAUAUCUAUUUUUCAAUAUUCGAAAAUCAAAAGCUCAGACCAGAAUUAUCAGAUGUCGUAGUUUAGUUAGGUCGAGUUAAACCCAGACAAAGAGAUUAAAAAUAAUUUGAAGGUAGAACUAAAGAAUGAAAGUAAAGCAAAUUAUCAUUGACAAUUUAGAUUAUGAAACCGAAUUGGCCACAUAGGAUUUAGAAACUAAACUCUAAUCUUAAAAUUAGAAGUUGUUGGAAAAAUCCAAUGAUUUUGACAUCCAAGAAAAUCAAAUUAAUCUAAGUCAGGCUCGAGAGUUCAUUCAGAAUAUUCCCAACAUGGAUCUAAAAAAUGUUGAAAGCCUAACAGAAGUUGGAAUCCAAGCUGUAGAAAUAUUUAAAACCUAACUUGAAGAUUGUGAAGGCUAUGAACUGCUUGAGAAUAAUCAAGAUGAAUUUGUUUUUUGGAUUAGAUAUUAUGAAACACCUGAAAAGUUUCAAAUUACAUAAAUGAGAUAUAAGUUCACACUCAACACAACAAUUUAAAAUUACAUUUCAUUUAUGAGAGACCUACAACUACAGAAGUAACUAGAUUCAUCAGUGGAUUAGUUUGAAUCUCAUUAUUCAGAUGAAGGAUUACAGAUCAAUUACUUGAGAUAUAAGAAAAUACUUUUUAUGGACCCAAGAGAUUUUCUAUAUAUCAAAUACACAAAAUUUAUUGAUGAAGAUACUGUGAUUGAAAUCAGUAAAUCAUUUGAAAAUCAGGACUUUCAACCUUAGUAUCUUAAUAUUUUAACAUAGUGUGCCCACGACCAAAUCAACUACACGAGCCAUUCUGCUUUUGAGUGGAAAUUUAAUAAAAUAAGUGGAACCAAAUAAAAUUGAAAUUUUAACAUUCUCUGAAUGCAAUAUGAAGUUGAAAUUAAAACCAGCCAUGACUAAAUCAGCCAGCAAAAAUGAAAUUAAGAAAUUGAUAAAAAAAUAUCGUGAUCAUUUUAAUUCAAUUUAAUGA